AGCCACUGCCUAAACUGUAGGGACCAGAUCCGAGGACCGAGAAUCCGUAGCAGGGCAGCCCAUUAACCACUCUGGCACGUUGACAUCCACUCAGUUAGAGCUGUUGUGCAACCGAGCAGAAUCAACUCCACACUUGACCGUUGUUUGUCUGUGACGCACUUCCUCUUUGGGACGCCGGCAGGAGAGAGCGCGGAGCUGCAAGCGGGCCAGACUGGCGAGGUCUUGGUGUUUGCUUUUAGGCUCCCAGAGUUGAAGUGGAGUUUUACGAAUAUAGUUAUUACAGAUUAUGCAAGCACACAAUGAGGCUGAACGAACAUUCAGCCAUUGCGACGCCGCGGGUGACUCUGGUCCCAUAUGAGGCGAGACAUGUAGAGCGGUAUCAUGAGUGGAUGAGCGACCCAGACAUUCAAGAAGCCACGGCCUCAGAACCGUUAACACUCGAGGAGGAGUACGAGAACCAGCAGUCGUGGCGGACAUCGCACGACAAGCUCACCUUCAUCAUCUGCCAUCCGCUGCCUGCAUCAUCCGAGACGAAGCUCGAAGUGGUACAGGCUGGGGAAAUUGACGCCCCGGGGCAAAUGAUUGGCGACAUCAAUUUCUUCAUUUACCCCAAUGACGACGAUGGCGAUGACGAUGAGGCAACCCAGGCCGCGGCUGAGAGCUCGUACGUCGGCGAGGUGGAUGUUAUGAUUGCGUCUAAGGAUCAUCGCGGAAAGGGCAUUGGACACGCCGCGGUGACGACACUCCUGACCUACGUACACCGCAACAGGGAGCGCAUUAUUGCCGAGUACGUUGAGGGCGAGGGUAAGUCUGGCGAGGGGAAGGCACCCGAGCUUAAGGGCUUGAUGGUCAAGAUCAAGGAGACCAAUGCGGCGAGCAUCGCGCUGUUCAGGCGGUUGGGCUUCGUACAGAAGGGAGAUGUGAAUUACUUUGGAGAAAUUCAGAUGGUCAUGGAGGACCUGGGACAGUUUGUGGCGUCUUCUGCUGGCGUCAAGGCCGCCGAGGAGUAUAGCGAGGUCGUGUAUUCUAGAUGACCAAGCAUCGUAAAUGACAUAACGAGAAGCCUUGGCAGUACCGAUCAAUCCAUG